GCGCGCCCGACCGACCGACCGUGUGCGGUUGAAACUCGGCGUCUUGGGAGGGGUGGGGGGUGUGUGUCGCACGAACGGGACGAUGGUCUGGGAGCUCCGCGGACUCGCCGGUUUCCGUCGCUCGCCGUGACUCCAUGGAGGUCGCCCGCUUCCCCGGUUGCGUGGAAAGCGACAAGCCGCGUCGGAGGAGCGCUCGGCCGGAUUCGGGAGCGGGCAGCCGCCGGACCUGAUGGAGGCGGAGCGGAACGUUCGCUGCCGAGCCGUCUUCCGGACGAGCCCCUGAUCCAGCUUCCCCCCCAAAACUACACCCCCUUCAGAGCCAGCGGCCCGCCUCGGCGCGUCACGCGAGGGAGAGGGAGCAAGAUGUAAGUGCGAGACCGAGGCGCACGCGUUUCCUCCGACACGACACGUGUUUUGACGCGUUUUGGGGGAGAAGGAGACGACGCGUCCGCGCAGCAACUUCCGCUCUUCUUCCCACCACUUCUGUUGGGAUGGAAACGCGGUCGCUCGACGCCACCGAGAGAGGGGCUGCGUUAGACCACAAUCCUGCAGGGAGCAGCACCGGUCGAAAGGCGAACUCAACAAGGUAGUGUCACAGCUACCGGGGAGGCUGACGUGGGUUUUACCUUUCCCUCUCCUCCCUCCAUCCGGUGUUCCCAUUUCCCGGAGCAUGCCCAUGUCCCAUGAUGCCCUUGCUGGCGGGCUGGCUUCUGCGCCACUCAAUGGUCAUGUGUUUGCUGCUCCACAGUCUGGUCCUGAUGACCCUCUGCUUCCACCAUGCUGCCACCAGCUGCUCCAAGACCUGCUACUGCUCCGAGAGCGAUAGAGGAGGCAAAACUGUUCGCUGCAGCAAUCUGCAGCUGACCGAGAUACCCCAAGACAUCCCCAAUGACACCCGACGCAUCUAUCUGGAUUUCAACCUCCUGACUGCUGUCCCGGCGAACGCCUUCGCCAGUCUGCCCCUCUUGGUCGAGUUGGACUUGUCACACAAUGAGUUAAGCCAGCUUGAACCGGGAGCCUUCAGGGGGUUGGGCUCUUCGCUGAAGUUCCUGGACCUCUCCUCCAAUAAAUUGGUCUACUUCCACGCCGAGGCCUUUGAGGGCCUGAGGUCGCGUGCCAACCUGACCAACAAUCCGUGGCACUGUGACUGUAACUUGCAGAUGGCCUUACCCCGGGUUGACCUGGAGCCUGCCUCGCUGACCGGUAUCGUGUGCCAGACGUCAACUCCACCGGACAUUGGCAUCAAAGGGCUGGCUUUCCUGUUGGCCCCAAACAUUGAUCUGUGCGUGGUGAUGCAAAAGACUACUGAUGUGGCCAUGCUGGUCACCAUGUUUGGCUGGUUCACCAUGGUCAUAUCCUACCUAGUAUACUAUGUCAGGGCCAACCAGGAGGAUGCCCGCAGGCAUCUGGAGUAUCUCAAAUCCCUGCCCAGUAGACAGGGAAAGUCAGAGGAGUCUUCCACCAUUAGCACUGUGGUAUAGGGCUGGAAGAAAGCCACAGGACCUACGGUUGUAACCCAUUAUGUACAUGGACUGGAAGGAAGCCACAGCCUGCACACUUAUUGUCAUUAUUGUUCUCAGACGGCUCUGCCUGGCUCUAUUGAAGGAGCCAAGGUGGGCAGGAAGACGCGUGGAUGCCAGCACAAGAAAACCAGGCCAGGGCAAUCUAGUGCAAAUGAAUAAUUCAUCGAUCAGUGGCCCAUUAGGAGUUUUACGUUGGCUGAAUGGACAGCCUGGUCUCUACACUUGGGGAAUAAAAACAAGGAUGUGUUUUGGCGAAUUCCGAAUUAUGGGAUUUACAAAUGGGAUUUACCCAGUGAUGCAUGCACCUUGAUGCACCUCUCUCUCCCACACAAACCGGCCACUCAGGAGGUCACGUGGAACAGCAAUAUAAGCAUCUACUCUGACAAACUCUAAUCUAGACCUUCUCAAAUACUGUAAAACUGUUUUACCAUUAAAACCAUCCAUGAGGUAUUCACCCAUAUAAUGAACAGUAAAAUUAGGUUCUUUUUCAUUAAAAUGUUCUUUA